AUGGAAAACGACCCGAAUAACACUGUGACGGGUCGCGAGACUGGACGAUGCAUGUCGGUUGCGGCCAUGCAGGCGCUGCACCGCUUGCGCGAGUGCCGGCUGCUGUGCGACGCGAUCGUGCGAGCGGAUGACGGUGCGGCUUUCCCCGUCCAUCGCGCCAUACUGUCAGCCUGCAGCCCAUAUUUCUUGGCUCUGUUUACAACAACGCUGCAUUCGCGUGAGCAAAGCGAUGUGCUGAUAUCCGGGGUACGUUCUGAAAUACUGCUGUUGCUGAUCGAGUACGCUUACCUUCGCCGCAUCGAUGUAACGGACACGAAUGUACACGAGCUUCUGAUGACCGCUGACUAUCUGGCCUUUCUCGGAGUGCUGCAAUUGUGCUGUGAUCACUUGAGGACCUCGCUGAACCCGAAGAACUGCCUUGGAAUCAUGAUGUUUGCGAGACGCGUAUUUUGCUACAAGCUCGAAGCUGACGCCCGACGCUAUUUGCUCCGCUACUUCGUUACUGUUGCCACACAAAGCGAUGAGUUCCUACAUCUGCCUCUGGAAGAGUUAAACAGCAUCAUACUUGAGGAUGAAUUGAACGUGAAAAGCGAAGAGGCGGUGUGGGAAUCGGUCUUGCGCUGGGUUAAUUACGACCGCGAUGCGCGCUGGCAACACACUGUCAAACUUAUGGGCAGUAUUCGACUUGGAUUACUGGAUACGCAAUUUUUCUUAGAAAACGUUAAGGACCAUCCGUACGUAACGGGCAAUGAAAACUCUCGUCCUAUCAUCAUCGAAACACUGAAAUUUCUAUAUGACUUGGAAAUGAUCGCGCAGAGGGAUGGGGAGGUAGCCACUCCGGAGAUUGCACGCCCGAGAGUUCCACAUGAGGUCUUAUUUGCCAUUGGCGGAUGGAGCGGAGGUUCACCGACAGCUUUUAUUGAAACUUACGACACCCGAGCCGAUCGUUGGAUUAAGGUCGAAGAGGUUGACCCAGCAGGCCCUCGUGCCUACCACGGCACAGCUGUUCUUGGCUACUGCAUUUACGUCAUCGGGGGUUUUGACGGCAUGGAUUACUUCAACUCCUGUAGAUGUUUCGACGCAGUCACGAAGACAUGGCGUGAGGUUGCUCCAAUGAACGCGCGGCGUUGUUAUGUGUCCGUUGCUGUGAUCGGUGAAACGAUAUACGCGAUGGGCGGCUACGACGGCCACCACAGACAGAACACGGCGGAGAAGUUCAACCAUAGGACAAAUCAGUGGUCGCUGGUUGCGCCCAUGAAUGCGCAGAGAUCAGACGCGAGCGCUGCGGCUUUGGAUAACAAAAUCUAUAUAACGGGCGGCUUCAACGGCCAAGAGUGCAUGAACAGUGUGGAAGUAUAUGACCCAGACACCAACCAGUGGACCAACCUCGCUCCAAUGCGCUCUCGGCGUUCGGGUGUUUCUUGUAUCGCAUACCAUAAUAAGAUAUACGUGAUAGGGGGCUUCAAUGGCAUAUCGCGAAUGUGUAGCGGCGAGGUCUACGACCCUGCCACCAAUGCCUGGUCACCGGUACCAGAUAUGUAUAACCCUAGAAGCAAUUUUGCAAUAGAGGUCAUUGAUGACAUGAUAUUCGCGAUUGGCGGAUUCAACGGAGUCACAACAAUUUACCACGUCGAGUGUUACGAUGAGAAGACUAAUGAAUGGUACGAAGCAACAGACAUGAACAUAUACCGUUCAGCGCUGUCAGCGUGCGUGAUCAUGGGCCUGCCGAACGUGUACGACUACAUACACAAGCACCGCGAGAGACUGAUGGAGGAGAAGCGGCAGAAGAUACUGCUCUCGGAGACCGCGAGGCAUCCGCAACAUCGCACCGCUUUACCAGAUGUCCACCUCAUGGAAGAUAAUGAAGAUAUGCUGGAGCAGCUCGGCCUGAUGGAGAACCAGAACAACGACGUGCCCCCGCCCCCGCCACCUCCACCCCCACACCACCCCCUCCAGCCGCAGCCCAUGGAGCAAGACAGGAAUUGA